GCGGCCGCCAUCUUCUCGCCGAGGCCGCCUCGCCCGCCGCGCGCGCCCGUCCGGCAGCGCACGGGUUAAGGCUGGCACCGCGCCCGGCGGGAGGGGGGGGCGCCCACCUCCCCUCCUCCCCGCGCCGGGCAUGCGGGGCCCACUGGGCACCGAGGAGGAGCUGCCGCGGCUGUUCGCCGAGGAGAUGGAGAACGAGGACGAGAUGUCAGAAGAAGAAGAUGGUGGUCUUGAAGCCUUCGAUGAUUUUUUCCCUGUGGAGCCCGUGAGCCUUCCUAAGAAGAAGAAACCCAAGAAGCUCAAGGAAAACAAGUGUAAAGGGAAGCGGAAGAAGAAAGAGGGGAGCAAUGAUGAGCUAUCAGAGAAUGAAGAGGAUCUGGAAGAGAAGUCGGAGAGUGAAGGCAGUGACUACUCCCCGAAUAAAAAGAAGAAGAAGAAACUCAAGGACAAGAAGGAGAAAAAAGCCAAGCGAAAAAAGAAGGAUGAGGAUGAGGAUGAUAAUGAUGAUGGAUGCUUAAAGGAGCCCAAGUCCUCGGGGCAGCUCAUGGCCGAGUGGGGCCUGGAUGACGUGGACUACCUGUUCUCAGAGGAGGACUACCACACGCUGACCAACUACAAGGCCUUCAGCCAGUUCCUCAGGCCACUCAUUGCCAAGAAGAACCCGAAGAUCCCCAUGUCCAAAAUGAUGACCGUCCUGGGCGCCAAGUGGCGGGAGUUCAGCGCCAACAACCCCUUCAAGGGCAGCUCCGCGGCAGCAGCGGCGGCGGCGGUGGCUGCGGCUGUAGAGACUGUCACCAUCUCCCCUCCGCUAGCCAUCAGCCCCCCGCAGGUGCCCCAGUCUGUGCCUAUCCGCAAAGCCAAGACCAAGGAGGGCAAAGGGCCUGGAGUAAGGAAGAAGAUCAAAGCCUCCAAAGAUGGGAAGAAAAAGGGCAAAGGGAAAAAGAUGGCCGGGCUCAAGUUCCGCUUCGGAGGGAUCAGCAGCAAGAGGAAGAAAGGCUCCUCGAGUGAAGAAGAUGAGAGGGAGGAGUCGGACUUCGACAGCGCCAGCAUCCACAGCGCCUCCGUGCGCUCCGAGUGCUCUGCAGCCCUGGGCAAGAAGAGCAAGAGGAGGCGCAAGAAGAAGAGGAUUGAUGAUGGUGACGGCUAUGAGACAGACCACCAGGAUUACUGUGAGGUGUGCCAGCAGGGUGGGGAGAUCAUCCUGUGCGACACCUGCCCGAGGGCCUACCAUCUCGUGUGCCUGGACCCAGAGCUGGAGAAGGCUCCCGAGGGCAAGUGGAGCUGCCCCCACUGUGAGAAGGAGGGGAUCCAGUGGGAGCCGAAGGACGACGACGACGAAGAGGAGGAGGGCGGCUGCGAGGAGGAGGAGGACGACCACAUGGAGUUCUGCCGCGUGUGCAAGGACGGGGGCGAGCUGCUCUGCUGCGACGCCUGCCCUUCCUCCUACCACCUGCAUUGCCUCAACCCGCCGCUGCCCGAGAUCCCAAACGGUGAAUGGCUCUGCCCGCGCUGUACUUGCCCCCCACUGAAGGGCAAAGUCCAGCGGAUUCUACACUGGAGGUGGACGGAGCCCCCUGCCCCCUUCAUGGUGGGGCUGCCGGGGCCUGACGUGGAGCCCAGCCUCCCUCCACCCAAGCCCCUGGAGGGCAUCCCUGAGAGAGAGUUCUUUGUCAAGUGGGCAGGGCUGUCCUACUGGCACUGCUCCUGGGUGAAGGAGCUACAGCUGGAGCUGUACCACACGGUGAUGUAUCGCAACUACCAAAGAAAGAACGACAUGGACGAGCCGCCCCCCUUUGACUACGGCUCUGGGGAUGAAGACGGCAAGAGCGAGAAGAGGAAGAACAAGGACCCCCUCUAUGCCAAGAUGGAGGAGCGCUUCUAUCGCUAUGGCAUCAAGCCAGAGUGGAUGAUGAUUCACCGAAUCCUGAACCACAGCUUUGACAAAAAGGGGGAUGUGCACUACCUGAUCAAGUGGAAAGACCUGCCCUACGACCAGUGCACCUGGGAAAUCGAUGACAUUGACAUCCCCUACUACGACAACCUCAAGCAGGCCUACUGGGGCCACAGGGAGCUGAUGCUGGGAGAAGACACCAGGCUGCCCAAGAGGCUGCUCAAGAAGGGCAAGAAGCUGAGGGACGACAAGCAGGAGAAGCCGCCGGACACGCCCAUUGUGGACCCGACGGUCAAGUUCGACAAGCAGCCGUGGUACAUCGACUCCACAGGCGGCACACUGCACCCGUACCAGCUGGAGGGCCUCAACUGGCUGCGCUUCUCUUGGGCCCAGGGCACUGACACCAUCCUGGCCGAUGAGAUGGGUCUGGGCAAGACGGUGCAGACCAUCGUGUUCCUUUACUCCCUCUACAAGGAGGGCCACUCCAAAGGGCCCUACCUGGUUAGCGCACCCCUCUCCACCAUCAUCAACUGGGAACGCGAGUUUGAGAUGUGGGCGCCUGACUUCUAUGUGGUCACCUACACGGGGGACAAGGAGAGCCGCUCGGUGAUUCGGGAGAACGAGUUUUCCUUUGAGGACAAUGCCAUUCGGAGUGGGAAGAAGGUGUUCCGUAUGAAGAAAGAAGUGCAGAUCAAAUUCCAUGUGCUGCUCACCUCCUAUGAGCUCAUCACCAUCGACCAGGCCAUCCUGGGCUCCAUCGAGUGGGCCUGCCUGGUGGUAGACGAGGCCCACCGCCUCAAGAACAACCAGUCCAAGUUUUUUAGGGUCUUAAACAGCUACAAGAUUGAUUACAAGCUGCUGCUGACAGGGACUCCCCUUCAGAACAACCUGGAGGAGCUGUUCCAUCUCCUCAACUUCCUGACUCCAGAGAGGUUCAACAACCUGGAGGGCUUCCUGGAGGAGUUUGCUGACAUCUCCAAGGAAGACCAGAUCAAGAAGCUGCAUGACCUGCUGGGGCCGCACAUGCUCAGGCGGCUCAAGGCUGAUGUGUUCAAGAACAUGCCGGCCAAGACCGAGCUCAUCGUCCGGGUGGAGCUGAGCCAGAUGCAGAAGAAGUACUACAAGUUCAUCCUCACACGGAACUUUGAGGCGCUGAACUCCAAGGGGGGCGGGAACCAAGUAUCGCUGCUCAACAUCAUGAUGGACCUGAAAAAGUGCUGCAACCACCCCUACCUCUUCCCCGUGGCCGCCGUGGAGGCCCCUGUCUUGCCCAAUGGCUCCUACGAUGGAAGCUCCCUGGUCAAGUCUUCAGGGAAGCUCAUGCUGCUACAGAAGAUGCUGAAGAAACUGCGGGAUGAGGGGCACCGCGUGCUCAUCUUCUCCCAGAUGACCAAGAUGCUGGACCUCCUGGAGGACUUCCUGGAGUACGAAGGCUACAAGUAUGAGCGGAUUGAUGGUGGCAUCACCGGGGGCCUCCGACAGGAGGCGAUCGACAGAUUCAAUGCCCCCGGGGCCCAGCAGUUCUGCUUCCUCCUCUCAACCCGGGCAGGCGGCCUGGGCAUCAACCUGGCCACGGCGGACACUGUCAUCAUCUACGACUCGGACUGGAACCCGCACAAUGACAUCCAGGCCUUCAGCCGCGCCCACCGCAUCGGCCAGAACAAGAAGGUGAUGAUCUACCGCUUCGUGACUCGGGCCUCGGUGGAGGAGCGCAUCACGCAGGUGGCCAAGCGCAAGAUGAUGCUCACCCACCUGGUGGUGCGGCCCGGCCUCGGCUCCAAGUCGGGGUCCAUGACCAAGCAGGAGCUGGACGACAUCCUCAAGUUCGGCACGGAGGAGCUCUUCAAGGACGAUGUGGAGGGCAUGAUGUCUCAGGGCCAGAGGCCGGUCACACCCAUCCCUGAUGUCCAGUCCUCCAAAGGGGGGAACUUGGCCGCCAGUGCAAAGAAGAAGCACGGUAGCACCCCGCCAGGUGACAACAAGGACGUGGAGGACAGCAGUGUGAUCCACUAUGACGAUGCGGCUAUCUCCAAGCUGCUGGACCGGAACCAGGACGCUACAGACGACACGGAGCUACAGAACAUGAACGAGUACCUGAGCUCCUUCAAGGUGGCGCAGUACGUGGUGCGCGAGGAGGACGGCGUGGAGGAGGUGGAGCGGGAAAUCAUCAAGCAGGAGGAGAACGUGGAUCCCGACUACUGGGAGAAGCUGCUGCGGCACCACUACGAGCAGCAGCAGGAGGACCUGGCCCGCAACCUGGGCAAGGGCAAGCGCAUCCGCAAGCAGGUCAACUACAACGACGCCUCCCAGGAGGACCAGGAGUGGCAGGAUGAGCUCUCUGAUAACCAGUCAGAAUAUUCCAUUGGCUCUGAGGAUGAGGAUGAGGACUUUGAAGAGAGACCGGAAGGGCAGAGUGGACGACGACAAUCCCGGAGGCAGCUGAAGAGUGACAGGGACAAGCCCCUGCCCCCGCUUCUCGCCCGAGUUGGUGGCAACAUCGAGGUGCUGGGCUUCAACGCCCGACAGCGGAAGGCCUUUCUGAACGCCAUCAUGCGCUGGGGCAUGCCCCCCCAGGACGCCUUCAACUCCCACUGGCUGGUGCGGGACCUUCGAGGGAAGAGCGAGAAGGAGUUUAGAGCCUAUGUGUCCCUCUUCAUGCGGCACCUGUGUGAGCCGGGGGCGGAUGGUGCAGAGACCUUCGCAGACGGCGUGCCCCGGGAGGGCCUCUCCAGGCAGCACGUGCUGACCCGCAUCGGGGUCAUGUCACUAGUUAGGAAGAAGGUUCAGGAGUUUGAGCAUGUCAACGGGAAGUACAGCACCCCAGACUUGAUCCCUGAGGGGCCCGAGGGCAAGAAGCCGGGCGAGGUGAUCUCCUCGGACCCCAACACACCAGUGCCCGCCAGCCCUGCCCACCUCCUGCCGGCCCCGCUGGGCCUGCCAGACAAAAUGGAAGCCCAGCUGGGCUACAUGGAGGAGAAGGACCCAGGGGCGCAGAAGCCAAGGCAGUCCCUGGAAGUCCAGGCCCUUCCAGCUGCCUUGGAUAGAGUGGAGGGUGAGGACAAGCACGAGAGCCCAGCCAGCAAGGAGAGAGCCCGAGAGGAGCGGCCAGAGGAGACGGAGAAGGCCCCGCCCUCCCCGGAGCAGCUGCCGAGAGAGGAGGUGCUUCCUGAGAAGGAGAAGAUCCUGGACAAGCUGGAGCUGAGCUUGAUCCACAGCAGAGGGGAUGGUUCCGAACUCAGGCCAGAUGACACCAAGGCUGAGGAGAAGGAGCCCAUUGAAACACAGCAAAAUGGUGACAAAGAGGAAGAUGAGGAGGGGAAGAAGGAGGACAAGAAGGGGAAAUUCAAGUUCAUGUUCAACAUCGCGGACGGGGGCUUCACGGAGUUGCACACGCUGUGGCAGAAUGAGGAGCGGGCUGCUGUAUCCUCUGGGAAAAUCUACGACAUCUGGCACCGGCGCCAUGACUACUGGCUGCUGGCUGGUAUUGUGACGCAUGGCUACGCCCGCUGGCAGGACAUCCAGAAUGACCCGCGGUACAUGAUCCUCAAUGAGCCCUUCAAGUCUGAGGUCCACAAGGGCAACUACCUGGAGAUGAAGAACAAGUUCCUGGCCCGCAGGUUUAAGCUGCUGGAGCAGGCGUUGGUCAUUGAGGAGCAGCUCCGGAGGGCUGCGUACCUGAACAUGACCCAGGACCCCAACCACCCCGCCAUGGCCCUCAACGCCCGCCUGGCUGAAGUGGAGUGCCUCGCCGAGAGCCACCAGCACCUGUCCAAGGAGUCCCUUGCUGGGAACAAGCCUGCCAAUGCCGUCCUGCACAAGGUCCUGAACCAGCUGGAGGAGCUGCUGAGCGACAUGAAGGCCGACGUGACCCGGCUGCCGUCCAUGCUGUCCCGCAUCCCCCCGGUGGCUGCCCGGCUGCAGAUGUCGGAGCGCAGCAUCCUGAGCCGCCUGACCAACCGCGCCGGGGACCCCACCAUCCAGCAGAUAUCUAGCCGUCCCCGAGACUUCCCUGUGUUGCAGCGCUCAUUUCCAGCUGAGCCACGCCUGCCGGGCCACCUGCCCGACCCACACGGGAGAGAAAAGCUGCCACCUUUUUAGGAGCCAGUGCCACCUUGGGACAAAAAGGGAAACCUAGUAAUACCAUCACAUGGAGGACGAGGCCCAGCUCGGCUGGGCCAGAGCCCAGAAGUGCCACCUCAUCAUAAUUCAAGUGUUCUUCCACACAGCGUUGCCCCCACAACCACGCCGGACGUGCCCCCUCGCCACCUUUUCCAGACGACUUCUUAGAAGAGAUUUCAUUUAUUUGUACAUCUUUUGCACUUUCCUAUUGAAGACUUGAACACGUUUGUCUUGAUAAAAGUUGGAUGACGUAUGGAAGAUUCGAAACUGCAGCACUGACGUCUCUUUACCGAUGGGUUCCAGACCCAAGGUAGUCCUGGCACUGCCCUGUGGACUCAGCCCAGCUGGGGAGGACAUGGCACCCAGUACCCUAGGAGCCCUCCGUGUCCCCUACCUGACCUGUCUGCACCUGUGUGACUGCCCCUUCUGAUUUGGCCCCCUGCCCGCUUGGAGCCUCCCAGCACCAGACAGGGCAGGUUUGGGGAGCCACCGUCCAGCCCGAUGGUGAGACCCUGGCUGACAUUUCCCCUCCUUCCUGCUAAGGGUGGAGGCCGCCAGGUGUUUGCUCUCUCCUUGCGGGGAGGAGGAUCCUCUGCCAGCAGGUGUCUGUCCCUGGCCCAGCGCAUGUUGAAGGCCCUGGACUCUGUUACCAGUGGGGGGCCUGUGGCCCCGGCUCUUCACGGCAGCGUGUGAUCCCAGGGAGGGUGGGCUGGGGAGGGCCAGCACUUGCCUCGGAGCCACUGCUGCAUUGGGUUUGCCUUCUGCCAGAGGUGUGGUUAAGGGCAGUGACAGCUGGCGCCCCAGCAAGGAGGGUCAUGGGCCCUGAGCUGGCCCAGGAGGCCCUGAGCUGGCCCAGGAGACCCUGGCCCUGCCCUGUGCCCUGGGAUGCCUGCCCCGCCCACCUCCGGGGGUGGAACCGGGCUGCCCCUGGGGGCCUGGACUUGUCCCAUUCUCCUGUCCCUGGAAAGGCCUUCCCGGGGGCUUUUUGCCUGAGUCUGCACUCUCGGAAGGCGUGGGGAGAGUUCUGCUUGGAGGGGGACUGGACCCAGUGCCCUCUGCAGACCCCUCCCAGCCGCAGCACCAAGGGCUUGCUGCCUUGUUUCCUGCCAGGAGCACCCUGGAAUCCCAAAACCAUCUUCCCACAUGUGGGUUGUUGGAAUCCCACCCACUCUUCCGGACCCUGCCCCUCCAAGUUGGGGACGGAGAUGGGGAGCAGGUCAGGCCCUCCCUAGGCCUGUCUGUGUGUGAUCCUUCUCCCGGCCCCAGGUCAACCUGGAAGGCAUUUCUGAAUCUUGAACUGGGACCUUCCCAGGGAAGGUGCCUUGGGGUGGAGAAUCCUGGGAGUGUUAGGAAAGGGCUCCAUGAAAAACCCAGCUGGGCCUGGGGUGGAGGUGCACACAGGGGCUGGGGCUCAGCUCCCUGGAGAGGGCCUGCCUGAGACUGAGGGGGCCAGGGCUGGGUCAGGAUUCACCAGCUUGUGUUGCAGACACUGGAGCAAUUGCCUGGCCUUCCCUAAGCCCCAGAUGCCUCACUCAUAAUGAGGCUGUCUCUAAACCCCGGAGGACGGGACCUACAAGCCCUUCAUCUUGGCACAUUCCCACACUCCAGUCUGGAUCCAGGUCUGCAAGGCCAGCCCGACCCUGACACUGCACGUAGGCGUAGUGGGGAGCACCCUGGAGUGGAGAUGUUGUCGGCGGGCCCACAUGUUGUGCUUUAUCCACAUGCGUGUUGUGUGCUCUGGAGUGCUUCCUGGCAAAGGGUCCUGGCUCGGAUCACAAACUCACUCCCGUGCCCUUGUCCCCAAACAAGCAGUGGCCAGCACUGGGGUUGGCCCUCAUUGGGAGCAGUGCCCACCUUCCUUGGCCCACAGCAGAUAGGUCCUGAGCAGCAGGACUGGAGGCCUGUGGUGGUCAGGGCAGGGGUCUGUGUCUCCACACCAAGGGCUGAUGGUCCCUCCCCUGUGAGCCCUUCCUCUCAGGCAGGCUUGCUCUGUCCCUUCCUCUCUGCUUCCCUCCCAGGCCUCGCCAGAGCUCCCUUCUCCUCUGCCUGGUUAGACUCGGGCACCCAGGAAAGCCUGGCUGCACACGCCCCCUGCACCGCCUGGUCCAGAAGGGGUGGUGCUCUCCGUGGCCAGCCCCCCGGAGCCCGGGAGGGGUGGGCUGCUAGAGUCAGAGUGGGUUUGGGGCUGACCAGUUUGGGAGAGGAGAAAAGAUCUGAGAAUGUCUUCUUGGUUUGUCAGUCAUCUCUGCCAAAAGUGAUGAUGGUGGUGUCCGUAUGUUUGGCGUCUUUGGGCUGGGUUUGGUUUUUGCUGCUGGUAGAAUCAGGGUCCUCGGGCAUGAGCGUGAGCCCAAAGUGCCAGUCUGCGAUUGGAAAUUUCCAGCCACUUUAAGCCAGUGCUGAGUAGGGCUUCUGCAGAGCCAUGUUUGAGCCAAGGUCUUGGAAGGCAUUGCCCCAUGGGCUCAGGUGACUCGGGGUGGAGUGAGCGUGUCUGCAGGGCCCUCUCAUACACGCCUGAGGCAGAAGCGGCGUCCCCCGUGAAAGCCACCUUCCGAAGCUCCUGUGUUUUUUGCAAACUUGGCUUCCCCCAGGGGCAGGCCGGACUUUCCCUGCCCCCUAUGAUUGAAGUCCUCCUGCUUUUGGGGGCUGCCUUCCCAGAGUCCCCUGGGUGCUCCCCUGCCGAGGUCAGGAGCUGACCAAGCCUUGGCCUGGUGACACCUGCUGCCCUCACUCCUGUCAUCCCAGGACACUUGAGGCCCAAGGAGGUGGAGUGGAGAGUGGGCUCGGGGACAUGAGAGCCGGAAGCCAGGUGGACUUGGUUAAGUGUUGGUCACUUGGAGCCUCCAGUGUGCGUUGGGGUCUGUGGGCAGGGGAAAGGGCGUGGGUGGGGGCCGAGGCUGGCACGCCCCUCUGCUCUCACUGUCUUGGUGACCUGGCCUCGGCCCCUACCCCAAGUCUUUCCUGUGCAAGGCCCAGCCUUGGUCUCGGAAGCUGGUUCCUGUCCCGUUUUCUAUGUCUGAAAGUUUACAGGUUGUGGUGCAUCGGCCCAAACUCACUGGCGUUGUGUUUUUUUUUUUCUUUAAUUUUCAGAUUUUUUUUAACAAAGUAUUUUUUUAGGUGCGAUAACCCAGAAAGGACCCGUUGGGUGUGUGUGUGUGUCCUGAACUCCUCAAGCAGAGAUUGGAGCCCAAGCACCCCUGGAGAGGAAGGGAGGGUCCCACUGGCCUGUGGGGUCUGAGUUCAGGGGUGUGGAGAGAGCAGACCCCCACCGGGCCAGGCCCAGCUAAGAGGGGGCCGACCCCUUUCCCCAGGCACAGCCCCAGGCUGGCAAAGGGAGGGUCCUGGGCUGGGUGCAGGGCACGCCAGGAGUCCCAGCCAGGGUGGCCCCGGCGGAGGCAGGUUGAGCUUUGGAAGCCAGGCUCCCCUGUGAGCCGUGGCUUGUCUGGUCUUCGCCCACGGGAGGCUGGACAGAGGCUGUAGCCAACACAAUCACCUUUACUUUGUACUCUGUGUGUAUGUUUUGGUUUUCUGUGUUUUAAUAAAUCCUUUGGGAAAG